AUGUGGCGUUCCUCAGUCCACCCUUUAGUGGAGACGUUUGGAGCGACAGAAAUAUCGUUGUUGGAGUUUGAUGUUAUUGGCUCAACGCCGCAGCGUAGCGUGGAGAAUCUGCGAGGGCAUAUCAGAUCUCUGGUUGACUCCGUCGAAAAGGAGGCCACGCUCGUAACCGUCAUUCAACUUCUUGAGUCGGAGCGGCAGGGGCUCUCGGAGCCCUCCACAACCACCGUGGACACGCGUGGGGGGGACAACAACAAUUUGUCGCCUGCCUCGUCUCUGAUGGCGAAGCUCUCGUUCAACUACGAGUCACACCCUUCUGGCGGCGAAGCCCCACCCACCCCUCACAACAGCAACUGGAAUUCUGUCAGCACGGCAGAUCGAGAAUUACCGUCUCAGCAAGAGCGGACGCGGGAGUUCGUGGAGACUGGAGAUGCAGCGCACGUGGCGGAACGCGCGGAGGCGAAGAGAGUAAAUGAAGACGAGAUGGAGAGAGCUGCCGAGCUGGAUGGAUGCCCUCAGCCGCCGCCGCCCCUAAUUGCCAGCAGAGGGGAGCCAUUGGUGAGUUACGGGAGACGCGCCGCGGUGUCAGCAGAGUCUUUGCCGCUGAACGUGAUAAGAAGCUACAGCCCGCCGGUGGUAGCAAAAUCUCCUGAAGAGGAGCGAAUCGUCCGGGCCGGUGUCAUGGCGUGCCACCUGUUUAGCAACAUGGAUAACAAGGAUCAGUCCAUUAUUGUUCAGGCGUUAAAACGGGUCACCUUUCCUGCGGGGACGGAUAUCCUGAGACAGGAUGGGGCUUCUGUAGAAAAAUUGUUUCUCCUUACACAAGGAUCCUGUGAUGUCAUCAAAAAUGGCAAAAGGGUACAUACAUUACUGGAGUGUAGUACAUUUGGAGAGAUGGAAAUGAUGUACAAUCUUCCGACGUGUGUGGCGACUAUUCGAAGUGUGACAAACUGUGUUCUCUACACAUUGGAUCAGUAUACAUACCAGAAUAUUGUACUUGCUGCUUCUUUGCAUAAGCGGGAGAAGUACGAAGCGUUGCUGUCCAAUGUGCAAUUUCUCCGUGAAUUUUCCGAUUAUGACCGCAUGCAAAUCGCCGAGGCACUUGUGACAAAAACGUACCGUCAGGGUGAUUACAUCAUACGGUUCGGGGAAACGGGUAAGUGGAUGCACAUUAUUGUGGAAGGUGAGGUGGCGGUGGUUGGUCGACAUAUCGGCAAGAAGUGUGAGAUUCUUCGGCUGAAAGAAGGCGAAGUUGUGGGGGAAUUAGAGUUUCUCUUUAAUGAUCUCACUGUGGCAGAUGUCAUUGCAACCUCGCGGCGCGUCACGACGGCACAAAUUAAACGAAAGCACUUUGAGUUGAUUACAGGACCCAUUCAGGAUAAACUGAAGGAGUAUAUUGUGAACAGCGGAAGGUACACACACUACCUUGGGGGGGCGAAGGAUCGCAUUAAGUCCGAGUUAAGUCUACUGGGGAAACGCUCCAAGCGUAUGGCAACGAAUGCAGAACGGGAGAAUGCGUUUUUGCAUCAAGUGGAUGUGAAUGGAGAGAUUAUUUUACCCGUACCAAAGGAGAAAGUUUUUGCUGUCGAAAAGGGGAUUGUUCUUGACAAGGAGAACAAUGAGAGAGUAAAUGUGAAGGAUGCCGUCAGUGGUCCGGAUGUGGAAUCUUCAUCGGCGCAUGUAUUGUUUCGCUUUCCAUUGAUGCCUAUACACAAAAACUCUCUUGCAAUAAUUGCCCUUUGUGAAGAUGGCUCCAUCCUCCUUUGGAACGAGCGCAUGGUGCGCCUCACAGGCUACACUGCAGAAGAAGCCAUUGGCCAACAUAUAUGCUCCUUCUUACUAGAAACCAAGGAUCAAAAGACGAUGCAUCAAGCCAUCUGUGACGCUCGACAUUACACAGGCGAUACGGAAGGUUUUUUUGAUGCGAAGGGCGGUGUUUAUCGUCGGGCCUACACCUUUGCCCGAAUGGAUGGUUUAACCAAAGUGCAACUCAAACUUAGCGUCCUCCCCUCCAUCGUCUCACAUGGCAAGGAUGCAGCGGAAAUCGUGUUGGCUGUUGGUGAAGAAACACAUGCUGAGUCCCAGCAGUUACUUGAUAAGUCCCAGCUUUUGAUGGAUCAAAUCAGUUCUGUCUUAAGUGACGGAGAGUGCAACUAUGAAGAUCGCCUGCAUCGAAUUGCCACGGUGUUGAAUGGAUUUGAGUUAACUUGUCGUGCCAUGUUGGCCUCUACGGAGCAUGUUCGUGUGGUGAAUAUCCGACAGAUGAUUGGGCAGGUGAUGAUGGAUUACGGCGCCCAGUGCGUCUCCAGCGGUGUGGCCGUUCGUCAGCGCUUUGAGGGACUUUACGCGGAAAACGCAUAUCUCAAUGCAAAGCUGUUGCCGGAGUGUCUGCGGUAUGCGAUGAGUAACUGCACCCAACACCUGGAUGAUGUGCAGGUGACAAUCACAGUCAAGAUUACCGAAAAUAACGGCAUGGAUUUUUUGGAGAUUGAGUUUCACGACAACGGCCCCGGAUUUCCUGUGGAUCUUCUGGACGAAAUCCAUGAAGGACGUUUUUCUGAGAAGUAUGCACAAGUGCCCCGUGUGCGUGCGGCCAUGGAGCGGCAGGGAGGAAGUAUGAUUAUAGAGUCUGUGCCUGGCAACACGAAUGUGAGAUUUAUCGUCCCUUUUGUUCCCGUAAAGGAGAGAUUAAAUGACAUGCUGGAGCACCGCGUAAAGGAGUUUGACAACUCCAUGAGUCUGAGCUGUGUGGGCAGUGUUACUCAAGCGAG